GGCCCCACCUCCCACUUCUAACCCCGGACCCUCUGCAGGGCAAAGACCAGAACCAUCCACAGGACCCGUACAGCCAGAGGCCCUGCAGACUCCAGUACCACACGGGAGCUAGAGAGUGACAUGGCGACGGCGGCCCAGCCCGAGAACCUCUCCCUUGUUGUGCACGGACCUGGGGACAUUCGCUUGGAGAACUAUCCCAUUCCUGAACCAGGCCCGAAUGAAGUGCUGUUGAAGAUGCAUUCUGUUGGAAUCUGCGGCUCAGAUGUCCACUACUGGCAGCAUGGUCGAAUUGGGGAUUUUAUUGUGAAAAAGCCAAUGGUGCUGGGGCAUGAAGCUUCAGGAACAGUAGUAAAAGUGGGAUCAUUGGUAAAGCACCUAAAACCAGGUGAUCGUGUUACUAUUGAGCCUGGUGCUCCCCGAGAAAAUGAUGAGUUCUGCAAGACUGGCAGAUACAAUCUGUCACCAUCCAUCUUCUUCUGUGCCACACCCCCUGAUGAUGGGAACCUCUGCCGAUUCUACAAGCACAAUGCUGACUUCUGCUACAAGCUUCCUGACAAUGUCACCUUUGAGGAAGGGGCCUUGAUUGAGCCACUCUCUGUGGGAAUUUAUGCCUGCCAGCGAGGUGGAAUCUCCCUGGGGAAGAAAGUCCUUGUGUGUGGAGCUGGGCCAAUUGGGCUGGUCACUUUGCUCGUGGCCAAGGCAAUGGGAGCAGCUAAAGUUGUAGUGACUGAUCUGUCUGCCUCUCGGCUGUCCAAAGCCAAGGAAGUUGGGGCUGAUUUCACUCUUCAGGUCUCCAAGGAGAGCCCUCAGGAAAUCGCCAGUAAAAUAGAAAAUCUACUGGGGUGCAAGCCAGCUGUCACCGUUGAGUGCACAGGGGCAGAGUCCUGCAUCCAGACGGGCAUCUAUGCCACUCGUUCUGGUGGGACUCUGGUACUUGUGGGAAUGGGCUCUGAGAUGACCACUGUACCCUUAGUGCAUGCAGCCAUCCGAGAGGUGGAUAUCAAGGGCGUAUUUCGAUAUUGCAACACGUGGCCAAUGGCGAUUUCGAUGCUUGAGUCCAAGUCUGUGAAUGUAAAGCCUUUAGUCACCCAUAGGUUUCCUCUGGAGAAAGCCAUGGAGGCCUUUGAAACAUCCAAAAAGGGAUUGGGGAUAAAAGUCAUGCUCAAGUGUGACCCCAAUGACCAGAAUCCCUGAUGUGAAUUAAGCUGUACCCUCAUCCCCCUCUCAGCAUCUCAGGGCUAAAUGGCUGGGGCGGGGGGAUCUACCUUGAAUGCAGAACUUUGUUUCAAAUGGUAAGAAUAAUUAAAAUAAUUCAUUAUAAAGAGAGAGUCUUAUAGAGGAGUUCGUGUGCCUUAAAGACACAAAUAGGGAUGGUUUUGGGAAACUUGUAGCCAGAAUGACCUGCUCAUGCUGAACAAAGUUCAGCAAGUAAAGCAGAGCUUAACAAACAGCUGCUGAGAACUCUCCUUCUAUCUGGGCCUUCUUUGGGUAAGGAGACAAAUAUGGCCUUUGGGUUCCUGUUUCCACUAUGACUGGCUGGAGGAUGGGAGCUGAGUUAUGAAGAGACAACUUUAUCAAGACGUACCCAGCCCCAAGGCUGAUUUUCAGGGUCUGGGUUGAGAGUUAUCAGCAGUUGUAGUUCAGAGCACAAUUCCCUGUGGUUUGACAAUAAAAGGAGAAUAAGAAAAGAGACUAUAACUUCCUGGAUCUAGUGUAAUUUUUAACCAACCACAUGAAUAAAAUAAAAAUCUCAUGUGAGGUCAAACCAGCUUGCAUUCCCCAAAUGUAGAACUAAUGAGAACACAUCUCAGCUCUACAGAUCGCCCCUACAACUCCCAAGAAUCUUGUCAUUCCAUUUGCAAGGUAGAGAACUACCUUCCCAACUCUCUCCAACCCUAUCCUGAGGUAUGGUGCCUGUCACUAGGCAACCAGGAGGCUCCCACCUAAAGACAGUGGCAGGAAGUCCUUAAAUUAUACUUCGGACCAGCCCAGGAGGAUUUGGCCAGCACACCUGACUGCCUGAUUUCCCUACCCCAUAGCCUUAGCCUCCCCUCCUAGGCUCACUGAAUGAUGAUUAUUAGACAAUUCCAUUAAUUCUGAUUAUUGUAGACAGAAAACUUACCUCUUCUCAUAGCCAGUUAAGGCUCUUGUCUCUUCCCAUCUGUUGGAAGGAUAUCUCCAAACUUGUCUUAUUUUAGUCAUGGAGUUUUUCUGUAUAUGGUUUGAAUCCAAAUUGCAACAUGUUUCCUUGUGAUUUGAGAUUAUUAAUCAAGGGUAAGGCUGUAGUAAUAGCUAUGACAACUGCAGCCUUUUUUCCCCCUUGCUUCAGCGGUGGGUGGAGGGAGAGUCUGAAGAUGCUUGAGUUUUCUUAUAUCCAGGGAAGGCCAUGGCCAAUGCC